UAUAAUUGUUUUUCCACGAAACUAUUAGGUAUCCAAAAGAACAAGAUUUGAACCCUAAUGUAUUAUAUAUGAUGGAAUAUGAGAGACACAACGCUGAGAUAGCUGCAUACCAUUUCGACAGGAUCAUGGGAUUUCGAAGGGUGCCUCCUCACGUUGGAAGGAAAGUCAGCAUUUCUAGAGAACUGUUUCCUCUAGUAGAUGAAGCUUUUAUGGAUACUUUUUUCUACUCCCCAGAUGGCAACUACUGUUUUCAUGGGAAAUGUCGACUUUUUUGUGACACGCAUCACGCUUUCUGCGGAAAUCCUGACUUGAUUGAAGGAAGUGUUGGAGCAUGGAUUCUAACUUCACCGGACUACAUAUUUCAGCACAAUUUCAUCAGAAGUCCCUGGAAGCGAAGCUAUCUUCCAAAUACUUACGCUCCGUGGGAGAAUGAUCCUUUCUUCUGUGUCAACUUCGUCAGAGAAACGGAGCCUUUCAAAGAAGGUCGAAGAAUAUAUGAUGCAAUGGACUGUACAAUUUUCGAUUACAUCAUAGGAAACUGGGACAGGCAUCAUUAUAAUGAGCUUAAAGUAUUUGCUAAUGACAGUACAAAUGGAAUUAUCCAUUUUGACAAUGGUCGUGGGUUCGGUAGAGCAGAUCAAGAUGAACCAAGCAUACUAAAGCCAUUAGAGCAAUGUUGUAUCGUGCGUUUGUCUACUUUCAAUAAACUUUACGAGUUCCAUGCAGGUCCUCGUCCUUUGAGCGACCUCAUGCGAGAGAGUCUUAAAAAAGACCCUCUUUACCCUGUACUUACCGAGCCUCAUCUUCUGGCCAUGGACAGGAGAGUCGAAGGUGUCCUGGAUGUCAUACGUAGAUGCGUACAAGCCAAUUUACCUGCAGCCGUAUUUCUUGAUGAUAUUCUUCAAACAUACUUUAGCUCAAAUUUUACUAAGAAGUUUAAAAGACAAUAAAAGUGUAUAAAUAUGUGCAUUAAAAUAUUUUCACAAUUAA